UUUAAACCCAAAAUGACUGUAGGCUGCUGGGGAAUGGUCUGUCUAGCAAGACUAAGGUAGACAUUGUUUUAUAGACUAAUAGAGUAGAAUCUAUUUUCUGAUAUUGUAUUUGUAGUACAUCCAUGUACUUGUAUACAUGCAAUGAAUAUGAUUAAGUGCAACCCACAAUAGACUUUUACUAAUGCUUGCUUUAUAAAGACACUGCAUUAUUUUAUCUUUAUUUAGUCUCUAUUGUCACUACUCACUAGAAGAGAAUGAGAACUGUGUGGCUUUAUCAGCAGUAAACUAUUGGGACUCUUCUUUAUGUGUCAUUUCAAUGAGGAUGUCCAGUAUCUUUGUAAUUUUACACAAUUUUAUCAAUUCUUAUUAUCAAUUUCUGUUUUUCUACGUUUUGCAAUGCUUAGUUGCUAAAGUAAAGUUGUCCUUGCAAUCUCUUGUAUUAACUUGCUAAUAAUUGAUUUAUUCGAGGUUAAUUAUCUAUGCAUUCUUUGUUAACCAAUGCAUAUACCGGUAUGUAUCUCAAUACUUCAGAUAUUAAUAGCUAGCUUUGGAAUUGGUAGCAUUCUAGUGCACCACAUAUAUACUUAUGCUACAUACUGUAUUCUAACACUUGGACUGCUACUAUCAUUCCUAUCAAUGACUAUAUUCCUUUAUAUUGAGAUAGAUACAUUUAUUGACAGUGUUACAUCACUAGUUUUAUCAACAAGUAAAUCACAUACUUUGAAUCAAAUUGAUGAUGCAUUUAGUUGCAAUGAAUUCAAUAGUACAGCAGUACCAUUUGAUACAAGAGAUCUUAGUCAAUGUGCUACUCCUGAUUAA